AUGGAGCCCGGGGAAUAUCAAACGAAUGUCUUAUCUUCCAACUCCUAUGGAUCCAUACAAUAUGAAUAUCUCGAACCCCUAAACAUCUCUCCGGCUGAGACCUGGAAACACCUCCAAACUCUCGAGGCUACAUGGAGACGGGAUGGCUUGCUGGUUCUUUGCGAUCCUAUCAGAGAUGGAAUAUGGGUUUUCCAAAAUGGCACGAAUCAUGCGCCGUCCUCACAAGAAUCUGGCGUCGCAGAAACCUCCAACGUCGUUGAUGUCCGCGGCACAGAUCUCGUUUUGAGAGAUAGAGGAACCUAUGAGCCGGCUAGUCUAGCAAAAGGCAAAAUUCUAAGCGCGACCGGCCUCAGCGUCAGUUCAUCACCAUCUUCACUCGAGAACGCAGCUCGAAACGUGCAGAGCUUCAACUCGAGAGCCGUACAGGCCAAUUCGAGCCAUAAUAUAAUGAACGAGCCGCUCACGCCAUCCCCUGGGCUUAAACCAACAACUGGGGUCGGAGAAAGCUUGCCGUCUCUGAAAGAUAUUCACGAGUGUUUUAUAUCUGCGGUGCUUGGCUCUGUCGUCUACUUUCUUUGUCGCGAUCACGGAUUCGUUCCCCUUAAUUCGCGGACUCUGAUUUUGGAAACUCCGAAGCUCUCAUUUUCUCAUUGCUCUGGAAGUGAUAUAUCGACGGGAGCUAAUGUAAUCACCCUCGCAACGCUUGAUAUUAGUCUGACUUCUCUGGGUACUCUCGUGGUCAAGGCUUAUUCUGAUACUGCGCCUGGACUUCAGAGACUUGUGAAUAUUUCAAGCUCGGCACACCCUUCUCCAGAGAUACCGUCAGGAACAGCUUUGUGGCUGGCUCCUGGUGGAAACGCUGCAAAGUUUUAUGGAGUUCAAGACGAGCAGAAACUGCCUGGAAAUCUACCAAUCUCUCAGAUCCAGGCAAAUUAUGUUGGCCGCAGACAGCACGGAUUUAAUGGAGCCACGAUCCAGUCCUGGCAGUCCAAAUGCUUGGAGUGGCUGGCAGCUAAGGGCUUAAAUUCUGCAGCUCUGGAAGACGGCGGCUGGGUUUUUGUGCAAGUCCUUACGGGCAAUUCGCCCUACCUUAAUCCCGAUUCAGAAGGAAAUCCGAUGCUCGAGGGCCUAACAAUCAUUCCUUGGCCGGCACUCUUAUGUUUUCAGAUGUCCAGUACUGGAAAUCGAGAAUCGCAAUCUAUUGCGGCCAAAAUCACCGAGCGUGAUCCGCUGUCGUUUGCAGAAGAAUGGUUCAUGAGCAACGACAACAGAGCAAGCAUAACAGCCAAGCGCCAGAAAGAGAGGCAGCUUGCUGAAGCGAGGUCCAAAGAGCAAGCUGAUGUCGAUGCUCGUAAUCUGCACUCGAUCACACAAUCACCAACUACCUUACGGAGAGGCAGCAAUGCAGGGGCUAUGUAUCCCACACCACCUGAUGCCGUGCACCACCCAGUAGGUGCUACACCAUCAUUUGACGGCGGAGUCUCAACGCCUGGGAACCAAACCCAAUUAUUCAACCAAGAUGUUGACGCCCCAACGCAUGAUACGAUUUCCGCGGAUAUUUGGGGCUCGUCUGGCAAGAAGGAGCGUAUGACAAGAAAUUUUCAUGAAAACGAUAAUGAUAACGAUGUUCUAUUCAGGGAUUCGGGGGAUUUGUUUGGAGAUAUCACCGAUGCUGACUUCAACUUUUUUGAUGAACCUAAUGUUAUUAUGCAAGAUGACCAGGAGACGGGUUCGCCUGGAGAUCCUGUUCUAAGUACUCAGGAAACCAGCAAUGCGCUCGAAAUGCCGAGACUGGACCCUACAAAUGAAAUUUCACUCGAAGUGUUUCGGCCCUCGGGGGACUCUAAUAAUGCAAGCGAUCCUGAACAGCGACCAACAGAACUGAGCAAACCCGAUCCAUCAGAUCUAGAAAAUGCUAUAGUUGAAAAGGCCCCUGAAACUGUCGAGGAUGCUCCACAGCCCACCUCCAGUCCUCCAUUCAACAAGGAAGCUGUGUUUCGGCGACUUUUCCAAGCGUCGCCCUUGGAAAAACGCUCUGAUCAGCCCAGAAAGCUUAGCAGUUUUACCAAAAUUGAAUUUGAGAGUUCAUUAACAUCAGUCGAUGAGAAGUAUGGUACGCAUGGCCGCUUCCGCUUUUCCGAUGAAGGGAAAGGGCUACAGCGCGUAGGAUCUCCUACUCUGCCCAAGACCGAAUACCUAAGCCGACGGCGAAAACCAACAAAAAAAGAGCCCGAUUUCAGCGGCUUGGCCCGGAUUUUUCAACGGAAAGAAAGCGAGAUUGUUGAUCCCGUAGUGGAUGAUGACCAAUCCAUGCUCUAUCCAAUGGAUAUCGAUCAUGCAAGCAUAGUGUCUGAACAAGACGACACCAGUCACACCACAGACGACCUAUCUCAGGCGCUCAAACCAGGUGUGAAAAGGAAAUGGGCUAUGGAUGACGAAGGCGGAGAUGAUAUGAGCUCUUCAUUCGGUGCUCUGGCUUUGGAGUAUGCGCAAUCUGCCGGUACCCCUCUGUCCAUAACUGGCUCUCAACUGCCUCUUCUCGAGGGAGAUCCCGCCGAUUGGUCUUUAACGACCUAUUUUACUUCCCCAGAACCGGAUGUGCAACCUAUUGCACUGACAGAUCUCGAGUGUAUUGCUACAGCUCAGAUCCUUGCGGAUCAAGCAGUAUCAGGUACCAUCAAAUUACCUGGUUCCCGCAGUGGAGGAAACGACGUGCAUUCUAAUUCUCACAAAGUCUCUAAUACAAGGGAGUUAAUGCAUAGUCUUACAAGAGCUGCCAGAUCGUGCUUCAAGAACAUCACAAACUGCACCAUGCGUUCAUAUUUAGAAAUACAAGGUAUCCCUGCGCUGAGUCAAGGCCUUCGAUUACCUCCACGACCAGUUCCAAACCCCAGAGGUGGAAUUUCAGACCCUACGAGAGCGCACAACCCCUUUCCAAUAAAUCCCCCACAGCUCGAGGUGCGGAGAGCCGACUCGAAGCUCUCGGUUCUGCCGUCUGCAGUUAGCUUUUGGGAGAACUUGAGCUUAAGUCCGUCUAGUGGAAGCAAAGAUGUCAAUGCAGUCUGUGUCUAUCCAAAUCUCGAUGGCAUAGCUGGAAAUGCAAGCAUUUUUCUCGAUCAAAUGCGAAGUGCGUACGAAUCUGCAAGGCUAGGUGGUCAUGACAGAGUCGUCUGCAAAGAACUUGCCAGCGGCCUGGUCCCCUUCAAUGUCGAUCUUUCACAGCAGACAAGCAAGAUGCACCAUUUGGCUGCACUCAAAGAGACGACAGCUCGAUUGAGCAAAAUUCUCGCCUCUUUGACAGUAGGGGAGAAGAACUUUGUGGUAUAUUUCAUAUACCCAAUCAAUAAUCCCUCCCUUUUAGUUCAUAUCUGUUCCGCUUUCCAGCAUCUUUUCAAUCUAUAUAGAAAAGCGCUAUCUGAUCGAAAGAUCAAUGCCGCCAAUGAGCUAGUAUUACAGCUAGUUCCUCUGGAUUUUAUCGCUUCCCCAACCUCAAUUGUGGUUCCAUCACCAUCUGAAUACGCACGACUUGCAAUGGAAGUGUACGAUCGAUGCAUAGAUUUCAGUUCGUUCUCGUCAACUCCAGCUAUCCUGUUAGAACAGCCGCUCCCGAAGAACAUCGAUUUCAAAUUGAAUGCGAAUCCAUCAGCAUCCUUGCUUCAAGAGAAUUCUUGUCUCCAUAUUGCAUACGCACAGAGCAUUGAUGACCGCUGGAUUACAGCUGCAUGGACAGAUAAUAGGGGUACACAGCAAAUGACAGCAUCCUACUGUCUUGGACGAAAGAACGAGCCAAUCUCGAUGCCUUUCUCUGGUGUUGCCAAUGAGAUCUGGGAAACGACGCUGGAUAUUAUAUCCAGCAAGAAAAUCCAUUGGCGGGUCAUGAUUACCAGAGUCGGAGUCAUGGACCGGUCCGAAAUUGAGUUCUGGACUGGUCUUGCUUCAACAGAAUCAGAUGCGCAAAUCAAUUUGACACUUAUAACGGUGCAAACGGACCCUUCAUUGAGACUCUUACCGGCUCCUGUUACCCUUUCGCCGAUUUCAAAUGCUGCACCAGCAGUAGUCACCCCAGUAUCAACACCUCAAGCUUCUCAAGCCUCUAUUGUAUCCCCCGAGGCGGUCAGUACGCCAGCUCGAGAUCCUGCCAACGCGGCCACACCUGUUGAACCUCCCGUUGAGCCUGAUAGCGAUGCCCGGCUUAUAGACUACACAGACCAGAGUUGGGGAGCGGUACUUGCCCAUCGACUGAACAACUCAAACUCCCUUCUAGAGCUCAAUCCAGCACUGAUAAGCGGAUACCUGCUCAAACGUGGGGGAAUAAACAGCGAUGACCCGCCCAUCAUUCUAGAGGUUAACAUUGUACAUAGUGAGGUGGUAGGUAAUCCUAGGACCUUCCAUGAGAAUCUUCUGAGGGAGGUUCUUGGAUACUUUAGGAAUUUAGGGACUUUGGCUAGGGUCAGGGGCGUCGUGGAUCCUGUUAAAGAUAUCAGGCCCUGGCAUGUUGCUGCCGUUGAGAAGGCAGCGAAGGCUCUGUAUAUGUUGAUGUAA